AUGUGUCGCAAAAAGCCUGCUUCUGCCGAGGUUGGCAAGCCGACCAGGGGGCAGAUUACCCUGGAGAUGAAGAAAGAAAUCAUCAGACAGUACGAUGGAGGCAAGCGCAUCGUGGCCAUCGCCAGGGAGUACGGCAGGAAUUCAUCCACCAUCGGCACCAUUGUGGCAAAGAGGGAGAAGAUCCUUGCCAAGGAUGCAGCCAAGGGAGUCACCAGGAUCGCUAAGAACCAGCCAGCUGUCCUGGAGGAGGUGGAGAAGCUCCUGGUCAUGUGGAUGCAGGAGAAGCAGAGUGCAGGGGACACCGUGACUGAGCCUGUCAUCUGCGAGAAGGCCAGGGCCUUGUACACAGACCUCGUGGAGCAACAGCCCGGAACAUCAGCUGAGCCUGAAGAGUUCAAGGCAAGCAGAGGCUGGUUUGAACGAUUUAAAAUCAGAUCUGGCAUCCACAGCAUGGUGAGGCAUGGAGAGGCUGCCAGCUCCAACGUUACUGCAGCUGAGGACUUUGCCGUGGAGUUCCUGGAGGUCGUGACGACAGAGGGCUACCUUCCAGAGCAGGUCUUCAACUGUGAUGAGACUUGUCUGUUUUGGAAGAGGAUGCCCAAUAGAACCUUCCUGACCCAAGAGGAGAGCAAGCUGCCUGGCCACAAGCCCAUGAAGGACCGUCUGACCCUCUUCUGUGCCAACGCCAGCGGGGACCUUAAGAUCAAGCCCUUGCUGGUCUACCAUUCUGAGAAUCCAUGGGCUUUCAAAAAGCACAAGGUGGACAAAGCCCAGCUGAGGGUGAUGUGGCGAUCCAAUGCCAAGGCUUGGGUCACACGCGUCCUCUUUGUGGACUGGGUCAAUCACGUUUUUGGCCCAGCUGUGAAGCGUUACCUUGUGCAGAAGGACCUGCCACUGAAGGUCCUGCUCCUGAUAGACAAGGCUCCUGCCCAUCCUCCAGGCCUUGAGAAUGACUUGCUGCAGGAAUUUGGCUUCAUAAGAAUCAUGUUCCUGCCGCCUAACACUACCCCAUUACUCCAGCCAAUGGACCAGCAGGUCAUUGCGAACUUUAAGAAGAACUACACUAAGGAGUUUUUCUGGCAGUGCUUCAGGAUGACUGAGGGCACCAACCUCACCCUCAGUGAAUUUUGGAAGGAGCACUUUGAUAUCGACGGCUGCCUCAAGAUGAUCACCAGGGCCUGGGACAGCAUCAGCCAGAGGAACUUGAACUCUGCAUGGCGCCCGCUCUGGCCAGACUGUGUGGCUACUGGUGUUUCUGCGCCUGCACCAGAGUCCACAGUGAUGCAGGACAUUGUGGCCUUGGGGAGGAACAUCGGCCUCGAGGUCGCUGAGGAGGACAUCUGUGAACUGGUGGAGGGCCACGACCAGGAGCUGACCACCCAGGAGCUGGUCGAGAUGCAGGGCGAGGCUAUGGAGGAGGAGGAGGAAGAAGACCUAGAGGGGAAACACAUGCCCACCAGGAAACUGAAAGAGAUCUUAGGCCAGUGGCAAAAUGUGCAGACUCUAGCACAGAGAUAUGAUCCGAACACGGCUAAGACACAGUGGUGUUCAAACCUGUAUGAUGAAACGGUCAUGUCCCAUUUCAAAGGGAUGCUGAACAGGCGGCAGAGGCAGCUCACCAUGGACAGGUUCAUCUCGAAGAGGCCGAGACAGGAAAAGGAACCUGCUCCUUCCACCAGUGAAAGCUGUGACUAUGUCUCUCCACUUGCUAUUGCACUGCAGCUCCCAUCAUACCUCACUGUUGGUUAUGAUGACUAA